AUGCGCAAAAUAUCGCUAAAAUUACCAAAAGUACCAAAAACAAAAAUUUCCAGAAAGAGAAAAACUUUAGGUGUUAAAGGUGUCGAAAUGUCGAUCAGCCCAUCUGAAACUAAUUCUGUUUCUGGUUCGUAUUUCGUAUAUGGCUAUUUGUACUCUUUAUUAUAUUCUAAUUUCUUGUAUACAUCUGAAGAGUCUGCUCUCGAAAAAGAGUUUACCAAGAACCUGAGUCUGAAGGACUCAUCUGAUCCCAAGGAUGAGAAACAAAACACAGCUUCAGAAACUAAAUCCAAAGCGUUUGUUGAUAUGGAAUUUACUUCAAAUCCGGUAACAAAUAAUGAAGUUGCUGAAGGUGACCUUAGAAUGUUUGCAGAAAGACUAGGAAUCAACAAAUUUACAGAAAAUAAAGAGGAUUGGAAAAAAUUUUACGUCUUCUCUGGCUCAGAUUUCGCUUGGCCUGACACAAUGAAAGUCGGUGAGUGUCGCAAGGUCUUUGACUAUAUUAUUCGUCCCGAGUGGGAACCAAUCGGAGAAGAACUGGCAAGAAAUACAAUUGAAUACCGUCGUCUACUCGGAUCUGGUGAUCUUGAUGAACGGCAAGGAUCGCACAUUUUACUCAUUAAUGGGAAAUUAGUUGAGUAUGGAAAAGAGAUAUCUUCGGAAGAAGAUGAAGAACUCGGGAAAAAAUUUCCAGGGUGUUUGUAUGUACCCGUUGUUGAACGGUUUGUUGAAUUGCACAGAUCCUUAGCUAGGGAUGAUCAAAGAAGGAAAGAGUGGCAGUCUCAUAUUUGCAUUCGAAAUAUAUUAAACGCAAGAGAUGAGGUGAGAAUGGCAAAUAUGGAACAAGGUUUCCGAAUGGUAAUCGAUACUGGUGCCACGAUGACGGUGAUUCCAUACUUCGUAAGACAACAAUUGUAUAAUCCUAAAGAUGGUUGGAAGAGAGGUUCUAUUUACCCUGCUGGAUAUGGCAAUGGAGCGAAAGUUACUCAAGUUUCAAGAGAUUGGUUGGUAUGUUUAGGCGACGGGACCAAUUGGUCCAACUGGGUUAGGACGAGCGAAUUAUAUUCCUGGCAAAGCGAUCCCCCUAAUUUCAACUGUGGUUUGAUUGGCUACGAUGUUCUAAACGAUAUUCCGCAUUACAAACCCUACAGGCAAACUUAUGUAUUUCUUAAAAAUGAUAUUUUCAACCAAAUUCCACAAGUACUAGGAUCAGAAUGA